AUGUCAUCUGAACUAAGUGCACCUCCUAUCCUUUCGACACCCGCAGAACAUACGUUUACUGAUGACCCAACACCGUCUUCUGCGAUUUCUCAAACGAAGCGCCCUCAUAGACCCGAUCAUGAGCUUUACGAAGUUUACGAGAUCGCCCGGACAGCCGCUGAGAUCCGACAGAAUGGCUGGAAACGAAUCGCCCUUCAGUUCCCCGAUGCUAUGCUACCAGAUGCGCCUUGGGUUGUCAGCGCGCUAAGUUCAGAGCUAGAAAAAGACCAAACCGAAGUACAAGAUCAGAGCCGGCGUUUAUAUAUCCUGGCGGAUACGUCAUAUAGUGCCUGCUGCGUUGAUGAGAUCGCAGCGGAACAUGCGAACGCCGACGGAGUGGUACAUUAUGGCCGCGCAUGCCUAAGUCCAACCUCAAGGCUACCUGUUAUACAUAUAUUCACAAAACAGACGCUAGACUACGAUGCCAUAGCUGAGACGUUCGAAAAGGAGUUCCCAGAGAAGGCAGCUAAGGUGGUGUUAAUGGCGGAUGUCAUGUUUCAAGAACAUGUUGGUCCUAUAAAUCAGCUCUUAAAGGAAAGGGGGUAUACCAACCUUAUCGCGACCGAAAUAUUGCGAGAUCCGACUGGAGCAAUACCAAACCGCAAACUUGUAACUCCUGAUGCUUCUACUAAUUUGAACGAGUACCACCUAUUUCAUAUUUCAACUCCUCCUACCUCUCUCCUCUUAACUCUAUCCUCUCGCCUCGCCUCUUUGAGGAUAUAUUCGACACCCUCAUCACCUUAUACUACGACGUCUACACCUCCUGACCCCAGCGCCACUCCUGGUUUACUCCGCCGCCGCUACGCUCUAGUUAUCCGGUUUGCCACGGCAUCCAUUAUUGGAAUUUUAGUCAACACGCUUUCCGUAAAGAACUAUAUGUCUACCAUAUCUACACUCAAAAGCCAGAUUGCGGCUGCCGGCAAGAAGAGCUAUACUAUUGUCGUUGGCAAGUUGAACGCCGCGAAGCUGGCUAACUUCGCCGAGGUGGACGGCUGGGUUGUCGUUGGGUGUUGGGAGAGCGGGUUGGUCGAGCAAGAAGGCCUUUGGAAGCCCGUUAUCACACCCUUUGAGCUUGGUCUUGCGCUACAGGGUGACGAAAGCAGAGUUUGGACAGGCGAGUGGUGGGGUGGUAUUGAAGGCGUCAAAGACUCCCUGGUUACCAACGGGAACGAUGAGAAAUCGCCCAAACAAGAAGAUAUGGUCAAGUUAGUACCCGAACAAGUUGAAGGGGGUGUAGAGGACGAAGAGUCGGAACCUCCCGAGUUCGAUCUCCGUACUGGCAAACUCGUUAGCCAUAGCCGACCGAUGAGGGUCGCUAUCCGAAGCGCACCACGAGGCGGGCCUGAAAUUGAAGUCGCCAGUCUAAGCUCUAACCAAGGAACUACGAGCUCGGCAAUCACCAAACGAGCUGUAGGGGAUGUAGCCUUAGUAAACGGUGUUGCAAGUCCAGGAGCGGAAUUCUUAAGGUCGCAGAGAACCUGGCAGGGUUUAGGUACAGACUUCGGUAUCGAGAACGAUGAGGAGGAGGAGAGUACUGUGGUUGAGGAGGGACGGAGCGGAGUCGCAAGGGGAUAUACUGUGGGCCAGGAUCAGUUACGGGCGUGA